UUCAAAAACACAUUACAACUCGUAGAAUCCCAAAAGGCGGCUUGUUUUGCCUUGUCGGACUUCUUUCAAUCUUUGGCUAUGGGUGGCAUUGCUACCAAACAUCAAUUAAACGAGUACCAGCAACCUAUCAUUGGAUCGACGCGAACAAUACAAUUGAAUGGACAAGAAUAUUCAAUAGAGGUCCUCAAUACUCGUGAAAGCGAGUCCGAAGGCUGCGAAGUAUUCGUUCAUUUUCGUGAAGACAGUACACGACCAGACGCAUGGAUGAACAGCAGCCUAAUAAUACCCAAUGCGCCAAUGAAGAUUCACAAAAUUUCAAAUCAAAUAUAGAAGCAUCGAAAAAUAAGGUCCAAAUGUUGAGGACGCCCGAAGAACCCAUCAAUAUAAAGUCUAUCGUCUUUGGCAGAUAUGAGAUUGGAACUUGGUACAAUUCACAAUAUCCAGAGGAAUAUGGACGAAAUUUAGACAGAAUGUAUAUUUGCGAGCAUUGCCUCAAGUACAUGCUGGAGGAAAAUAGUCUUCGUGUACAUAAGGCCAACUGUCGCAAGCGGUCGCCACCGGGAGACAUAGUAUACCAGCAAGGUGACAUCAAAAUCUUUAGAAUUGAUGGCAAGGCGGAGAAGCUAUAUUCUCAAAACUUAUGUCUAAUGUCAAAGCUAUUCUUGGAUCACAAGUCGGUAUAUUACGACAUUGAAGGCUUCAUGUUUUACGUUUUGACGGAGAGCAAUCCUAGGGAGCGGCGAACAGACGAUGUAGUUGCCUACUUCUCUAAGGAAAAAAUAUCUUAUGAGAACAACAAUUUGGCGUGUAUAAUGGUACUCCCACCACAUCAAAGAAAAGGGUAUGGCAAGCUAAUGAUAGAAUUCAGCUAUGAACUUGCAAGACAUGAGAAUCAAAUUGGAACGCCGGAAAAGCCGUUAUCAGACUUGGGGCAUCGAGGUUAUCGGUCGUAUUGGGCUUCGGUUAUACUCAGAUCGCUGGUGCAAUCCGACGUCCCGAACGAAAUGACCAUAGAGCAGCUUUCUCAAUUGACCUAUAUCCACCCAGAAGACAUUUUAGAUGCAAUGCAGUAUGCAGGCUUAAUCAAAUAUGUACGGAAGUCAAAGGAUAACUCGUCUGCUGAUGCUGUAAUCUGUAUUUCAUGGCCUAUGAUCGAUGAGGCUAUAAAACUCACCCAUGCUAAUUCACAGAAAUUAAUCGAUCCCGCCAAAAUUACUUGGAAUUCGUAGGGAAAGCCAUUCAUUUUCAAUUAAUUAUUAUAUAAAAGUCAUCCAUCAAUGUCUGCUGUAUAUUUGUCUACAA